AGCGCACCUCACCUUAACCACCUUAACCACCUCGCCUUAACCGUCGAGUUCCUCUAUUCUACCUUCGUAACACCUGUCUAGCAUCUCGCCAUCAUGGGAAAUGCAGCGUCUGGUCUGCCCGGUGCGGGAGGCCCUGGCCAGGGCGAUGAUGCCAACCGCGACAAGAAGAACCCACAGGACCAGAAGAAGAAGUGGGAGCCUCCCCUGCCCACUCGCGUCGGGAAGAAGAAGAGAAAGCGUGGCCCGGACGCUUCCUCUAAACUACCCGCCGUCUUCCCGACCACCCGCUGUCGCUUGCGGCUUCUAAAGAUGGAGCGCAUCAAGGACUACCUGCUUAUGGAGGAAGAGUUCAUCCAGAACCAGGAGCGGCUGAGGCCAGAUGCGACGAGGGAGGACAAGAAUGAAGAGGACAGGGGGAAGGUGGACGACCUGCGGGGAAGUCCCAUGGCGGUGGGCACGCUGGAAGAAAUCAUUGACGACGACCAUGCUAUCAUCAGCACAGCGUCAGGACCAGAAUACUAUGUCUCCAUCAUGAGCUUCGUCGACAAGGACCUCCUGGAACCUGGGUGCCAGGUCCUUCUACACCACAAGAACCAGGCAAUCAUCGGUGUCCUCCAGGAUGACACGGACCCUAUGGUCAGUGUAAUGAAGCUCGACAAGGCACCGACAGAGAGUUAUGCGGACAUUGGUGGUCUUGAGCAACAAAUUCAGGAGAUCAAGGAAUCGGUGGAAUUGCCUCUAACACAUCCAGAGCUGUACGAGGAGAUGGGCAUCAAGCCACCGAAGGGUGUCAUUCUGUACGGGGUUCCGGGCACAGGAAAGACACUUCUUGCCAAGGCUGUGGCAAAUCAAACGUCCGCCACUUUCCUACGCGUCGUCGGGUCCGAACUCAUCCAGAAGUACCUCGGCGAUGGUCCGAAGCUUGUGCGGGAGCUCUUUAGAGUGGCGGAAGAGCAUGCGCCAAGUAUUGUGUUUAUUGAUGAGAUUGAUGCUAUUGGUACGAAACGAUAUGAAUCAACGUCAGGCGGUGAACGGGAGAUCCAGCGGACGAUGUUGGAGCUGCUCAACCAGCUGGAUGGUUUCGACACUCGGGGAGACGUGAAGGUCAUCAUGGCUACGAACAGGAUUGAAUCGCUCGAUCCUGCCCUCAUUCGGCCAGGGCGUAUCGACCGAAAAAUCGAGUUCCCUUUGCCCGACAUCAAAACCAAACGGCAUAUCUUUAAACUGCAUACGUCACGAAUGAGCCUGGCUGAAGAUGUCGAUCUGGAGGACUAUAUCACAGCAAAGGACGACUUGUCGGGGGCCGACAUCAAGGCUGUCUGUACAGAAGCUGGCUUGCUAGCUCUGAGAGAGCGACGCAUGCGGGUGAACAAGGCGGAUUUCACAGCUGCGAGGGAGAAGGUGCUGUAUCGGAAGAACGAGGGAACACCAGAAGGGUUGUACCUGUGA